AUGCAUGUUCGGAGCGGCAUGGUCACGGCGGUCAUGGUCAUGCUUUCGCCAGGAUUCGAAGUGUUCGCUUUGUGGUCUCGUACCAUGUCGAUCCCCAGGCGGGUCGACGCGAUGGCACCAGGGUUCAUCGGCGCUUCGGCUGCAUCGCUCAAGCCAUCGCCCGGGGAUUUCUCGUUUAUCCAGUUAUCAAACGGCGCUGCCGCAUACAGCAAGGCGGCCGUGGGGCAGCACGCUAAGAGGACCUGGUGUCCCCAAACAGCCUCAGACCCGCCGCGGCUGGGCGAGCAGCGAGCAGCGAGCUUGAGCUGUUUGUUUGGCGAGCGGAGUCGGAAUCACUGA